AUGAGCCGGCCCAUCCCUGCACCGCUGGACAUCCUGGGACAUUUCAAGGAUUAUUACAUGGCUUAUCAGAUCGGCAAGGGCCUUUCGUACUCUGCAUUUACUCUCCUCAUAUGGGAUGUGCUCCUUACCUUUGGAGAUGAGGUUCGAUACGUCUGGAGUGCGAAGUUCACCCUUGUCAAGGGACUCUUCUUCUUCAACCGCUAUAUCUCUCCUCUCAUCAUCUCCAUCAAUCUCUGGACAUUCACCGGACGUGCAGCCGGUUUGACAGAUAAUUUGUGA